AUAUUGUACCAUCCUGCUUGCAUAGGCAAUUUUUUAAAGUUGCGAAAGGUAACCCUGUUAAAAAGAAAAAACAGAUUGUUAUGUCACUGUCAAAUUAUAGAAUUGUUUUUCUUUCAGAUUGACAUUUUGUAAUCGUGCACAGCGAAAAUCAAAAUGGUUAACGUACCAAAACAGCGCAGGACUUACUGCAAAAAAUGCAAGUGCCACAAGACCCACAAAGUGUCUCAAUACAAAAAGUCCAAGGAAAGGCAUGCCGCCCAGGGUAGGAGACGUUACGACCGUAAACAGCAGGGUUAUGGUGGUCAAUCAAAACCCAUCUUCAAAAAGAAGGCAAAAACCACAAAGAAAAUUGUGCUUCGUCUCGAGUGUGCUGACUGCAAAGUGAGGUCCCAGGUUGCCCUGAAGCGCUGCAAACACUUUGAGUUGGGAGGAGAUAAGAAGAGAAAGGGACAGAUGAUCCAGUUCUAGGCUGGUUAAUAAAUAAGUCAAACUAUUAA